AUGAAUCAAUCAUUGUACCAGGGUUUCCAAAACCGAAUCACAUUUGACAGUCCUGAACAUCAUCUGGUGAAUUUUCCUAGAAUGGUCAGGAUAGAAGAACCAGCUAAAACUAGGUAUUUUUUCGUGCCCAAAGAGUGGUUUGAAGUUGACAAUAAUUGUGAUAUAUCUAUCGAUACGGUCGAUAUAGAAUGUUCCAGUUCGAAAAAUUUUGAAAAUAAUACUAAAAGUGUUCAGUGUUACAUACAAUCGCCAACAAAGGCAAUUUUGAGAAAAAAAGUAAAAGUAUUACAACAACGCCUUAAGCGAAGAGAAACAAAAAUAAACUCAUUAAAAAGUCUUGUUAUGCGCAUUAAGAAAAACGUCCCGAUGUCAGAUGAUGUUGUAAUGGGCAUGUAUUAUGAUGUAGGGGAAAUACUAGAGGAUGUUAUUGCUCGACGGAUUAUUUCUGUUGAUCACUUAUUCGAAGAAUAAAUAAAAAUAUAUAUAUAUAUAAAGAAUUUAAAUAAUAAUUAUAAUGUUUAUGAAUACUGUAUUUUUAUUCUAGUUCACAGAUUCGUUUCUUCAUAGUGGAUUUCGAGUUCACUAUGAUGAACAAAACCGAAAUAUUAUUGGUAUCCGGCGCCAUUUCAAACAGUUUAAACAAAUAUAAAUAUAAUUUUUUUUUGGUGGGGAGGUGUAAUGGGCAUGUAUUAGAAUGUAUAA